CUAAAGGGUUAAAGACAGGUGUGUUUAAUGUGAUCUGUGUUGCUUGAUUACUUUUUCAGGAAAUGAUAAAGAUGCUCCUCAGUGAGAAGAGUGAAAAUGCUCGAGGAACUCUUCAUCACAUCGUCUCACUGUUUCACUUCAAGACCUUCAACAACUCGGCCAAAGACUUUUUCCUAAACGUCUGGGACUUCAUCACGUUUGUAACGACGGCGUACGUGACCCUGUUUGCUGUGACGGCGUGCGGUCUGGACUCGGUGAAGCAGAGACCCUCGGACUACCCCUCCCAGGUCUCGGCUCAGAUGGACUGGUUGGGUGAACUGGCUCACAGACUGGUGGAUCUGGUGUGGAUGCCUCCGGCUCAGGAGGACAUCAACACUGCUGCUGCAGCUGCCGCAGGUCACUGCGACGGAGACAAGAAGACGACGACAUCCCCCUUCUGUUACUGCAGAGAAGAGAGACCGGGGGAGCGUCUGGUGCGCUGCUGCAGUAACCUGUGUCCGGGGAUCUGGUUCCAUGAGGGCUGUGCUCAGGCUCAGACCCUGUUAGACCCCUAUGAGGAGGACUGGUUCUGCAGUCCGGACUGCAGCUCAGACGGGACGUACGUCUUCUGUCACUGUAAGGAGCAGAGGGGGGGACAGAUGGUCCAGUGUGGACUGACAGACAAGUGCAGGAGACAUGAGUGGUACCACCGAGACUGUCUGACGGCGGCCGAGCAGACCAGAGCCCAGCAGACUCCGUGGUUCUGCUCCGAGUCCUGCUCCGAGUCCCACUCCGAGUCCCGCCCCGCGGCGUCUGACGGCGAGGACUUCCUGCUGAACUACACCAGGGCGGUGGUGUGGGAGGGGCUGUACCACAUGACCCGCCGGGACGCCAUCCAGGAGGGGGACGGAGACGCCAUGGUGGACUUCUGGAAGAUGGACCUGGUCCUGCUGUGGACCCGACAGCACCUGCAGCUCUUCAACAGCGCGCACCAGGUCGUCACAGGGAUGGAGGGCUUCUACCCGGAGCGCGUCAGACACGACAUGAAGUGGAACCGAGUGUUGAACCUUCAGGGAACAAGUGGAGGGAACGUCAGCGUGGACCUGCUCACCGAGCUCAUGAUCAGCGAGUUCAAAGGUGUGAUCGAGUUCGGGAAAGGCAACUUCACGCGGCAGCAGGUGGAGCAGAGCGCUCAGCUGGCCGGCGCUCGGGCCAGAGACCUGGACAGACUCUUCUUCACCGGAGGAAACCCGCAGAACCUGUCCGCCCACCUGUCCCGCCUCACGGCCCCGUCCUGCAGGAGGACUGACGACGUAUCCCGCUUCGUGGAUGAGUUUAAGAAGGACGAGCUGUUCGGCUUCAGAGCGGGACGGAAACACGACGGCUUCGACACAUUCAGGUACGAAUGCAGGGUGAGGAGCCCCCGCAGGAUGGGGAGGAGCCUGAGGAGUCUGAGCGAGGAGCUCGACCGCCGCAGAGACCACAUCCUCUGAGGUCAGUCACAUGACACUGUGAUGUCAUCAGUACAGUAUGUCCAUAGGUGGAGUAACUGUGAUAAAAUAUUUAACAUGAACUCCAUAAUGAAGCCGUGAUUUCAUGCUGUUUCUGUUUCUGUAAAUAAGUAGAAACUUAAUUCAUCAUAAACACAUGAAACUCGUUGAUUGUUUAGUUUUUCUGACCUGCAGCUGAAGAGACGACUGAGGAAGAUUUAUCACCUGUGUUUUUGUAAAUAUUUCAAAUUAUCAUUUUAUUUUGACAACUUUAAAGAUAUUUUUGUGGGACUUCCUGUUUUCUAACGUUCUGAAUUGCAGAACAAAUAAAAAAGUUUUGAGUAAA